AUGGUCGAGUCACCGCAGCCGUCCCUGAAAUGGUCCGCUCAGUAUGCAGUCGCCGCACCGUCGCGAACGCAGACUCUCCCCGGCGAUAAGAUCCUCUUACCACCAUCGGCACUCGAACAAUUGCUCAGUGCAUCGUCUAAUCUUGCUGCUGAGAACGCUCGAAGAGACCUCCCACAAUAUGAUCCAUACAACAGCGCCACAUAUUCCGCCUAUCGCCAGGCCGAGUCUCACUAUCAGGACCAAAGGCAACAGCUACCAUAUCCGCUGAUGUUCAGGUUGGUCAACCCCGAGAAUGGAAGAGUCGUAUACGCGGGUAUCAGAGAGUUCUCAGCUGGCGAGGGCCAAGUCGUACUGAGCCCUUUCAUCAUGGAGACUUUGGGAAUACGUGCCGACCAGCUGCCAGAGCACAAAUAUGUCGUCGAAAUCGAUGGGGACGAUGAGGAGGAUAAAAAUGCUAUCGCGGGGGUAUCUGGCCCCGUGAUCACCGUACAUGCGAAGCAACUGCCGAAAGGCACGUUUGUCAAGCUGCGACCACUCGAAGCAGGGUACGAUCCAGAGGACUGGAAAGCUCUCCUGGAACAGCAUUUACGCACAAACUAUACGACACUCACGAAUGGCGAAGUACUAGUAGUUCUAGGAGGCAGAGGCACCGAUGGCAAGAAAGAGGAGUUCAAAUUUCUGAUCGAUGGCUUCAAGCCCAAGGCGGACGGCGUGUGCGUGGUAGACACGGACUUGGAAGUCGAUAUUGAAGCGCUCAACGAGGAGCAAGCCAGGGAGACGUUGAAGAGGAUAGCAGCGAAGAUUUCCAAAGCCCCACAAACUGAGCAAGGCAGUUCGGCAGGCGGGGAGCUGGACCUAUUCAAAGCCCAGGAGGGACAGGUACUACGCGGAGAGUAUGUCGAUUAUUCUUUGGCAUCCUGGAAUCGUGCUCAACCGCUCGAGAUCCAACUUGAUGUUGAGGGAGAUGAUGAAGACAUCGACUUGCUUGUCAGCCCGCUGUCAGCGACGCAGCGCGCAAAACCGAGAAUGGAUGAGUGCGUUUUCUCAGAUCUUGACAACCGGCCGCACAAACGAAUCCGACUUGAUCCAUCAAACGUUGAGCUUGAAAACGCCGAAUCUCUCUACGUGUCAGUCCACGCUUUUGCUCGCCCAAAGACCAGCAAUGAUGCGACUACAGAUGGUGAAUCAAUAUCGCAGCAAAGGCGAUAUGCCCUGAGAGCGCGGCACCCUGAUCCCAAGGACGAAGUUGAAGAUACUCUUUUGACCACGAGUGAAGUACCACCCAAUGAAGGCGAUGUGCGCUGCAAGAACUGCAACCAGUGGGUUCCCCGACGAACUCUGAUGCUUCACGAGAAUUUCUGCCUACGGAACAACGUUAUCUGUCCUAAAGGUUGUGGUCAAGUGUUCCAGAAGCGCUCGUCAGAAUUUGAAGAUCAUUGGCAUUGUCCACAUGAUUCGUCUUUCGGCAAUGGCGAGGCGUCUCGUCAACAUCAUGAUACGAUAUUCCAUCCACCUGAAGUCUUACGUUGUGCCGAAUGCGGCACAUCUGAGACGUUUCCGAAUCUACCAUCUCUCGCCCGGCAUCGGACAACGACGUGCCCUGCCAAACUCAUUCUCUGCCGCUUCUGCCAUCUGAUUGUCCCACAAGAAGGCGACCCGGACGGGCCUAAUGCUGAAGCUCUCCUAUCAGGCAUGACGCCGCAUGAGCUUGCCGAUGGAGCGCGGACUACAGAAUGCCAUCUAUGUAACAAGAUCGUCCGGCUGCGGGAUAUGGAGACACAUCUGAAGAAUCACGAUCUUGACCGCUUCUCUCGUCAGACUCCACACCCGUGUCGCAAUAUUAAUUGCGGACGAACACUGGAUACGUGCGCAAAGAAUGGUGAUACACGUGCUGGUUCCCGAAUGGGGCAAGGACCUGGCAACGAUGUUGGAUUGUGCAGCGUCUGCUUCGGACCGCUUUACGUGAGCAUGUACGAUCCCGAAGGCAAAGCUCUCAAGCGGCGAAUUGAACGCCGAUACCUACAGCAGCUCUUGACGGGCUGCGCAAAAGCGUGGUGCAAGAACGAGUACUGCAAGACUGGACGAACGAAUCUCGAUCUUAAUACCAACAUCACCACGAAAGAUGCAAUACCCAUGGUAAAGCCUUUCUUAGAUACAGCAGCCAAAGAUACGCCACUUCAUUUCUGCGUAGAUGAACAGAGCCAGAAGCGUAGGAAUCUUGCAGAGAUGCUAGCUGCAGAAGACGGUGGGCCUGCUGGACGAGGAGGUUAUGCUUUUGAGUGGUGCGCAGGCGCUCUCGAGGCUGAGAAUGGGGAUUUGGACGGUGCGAGGCAAUGGCUCAAGAACUGGGCUCCGGCAAGGGCCGAGGUGAAGUAA